UAUUCGUCGUUACAGCUCUUGUUGAUUUAUCGACCGUUGUCUUCCCGAGUCUUCGUUCUGUUUGUGUGAUACUUGGACAAGUGAUUCACAUAAUGAGGACUAUUAUAUUAGUAUUCGUCGGUUUGCUGUGCGCAUUAAUAUUACCGUUUUCUGAAGGCAGUACCAUCGGAUUGAAAAGUAAUCGAAAGUUUCGUCAAAGCACGAAUUCUGCAUCCAAUUCUUUGUCUGUACCUCAGUGCGGAAUGAGUAAUGUGGAGGUAGACAGAAUCGUUGGUGGCACAGAAGCUGUGGCAGGGGAAUUUCCUUGGAUGACUCGUCUUGGGUAUAUUUUUGGUUUUAUCGAUGGUGAGCAGAUGAUGUCGUGGAUGUGCGGUGGCACUUUGAUUAGCCCCAGACAUAUCCUCACCGCCGCCCAUUGUUUUUCUGAGAUUCCUGAUUUCCUUUUGGGCUAUAUAGCGCGCAUUGGCGAUGUAGAUUGCAACAGUGACAACGAUGGGGCAGAUCCGGUUGACGUUUUCAUCGAAGAGAUAAUAAUACACGACGAAUACAACGAUCUUACCCAUGAGAACGACGUGGCGGUUUUAAAAACAGAUCGCAAGAUAUCAUUUACAACAAAACGUCUUCCCGCUUGUCUUCCGCCAGGCAAUCUGAAAAAUCAAAAUUUAGAGGGGAUGGAGACUUUCAUCGCUGGAUGGGGAACUACUAAAUAUCAAGGAACAUCGUCCGAUAAACUUUUGAAAGCCACAGUUUUUAUAACUAAACAGAAAGAAUGCAAAGAUGCUUACAGUAAAGAUUAUUAUGCAGUUAUUGAUAACCGCACUGUAUGCGCAAGAAACGAUGGAAUAGAUUCCUGUCAGGGUGACAGUGGUGGACCACUAAUGCUGCAAAAUGGAAAUACAACUGUUGUUGGAAUAGUAUCAUGGGGCAAAGGAUGCGCUUCCAAAAAUUAUCCAGGCGUAUACACAGAUGUUUCUAGUUUCCUAUCUUUCAUCAAGGAAGCCAUGACUUUGUAGGAAGUAGGCGGCGUUACAAACUGACUCUUGUUACCGACUGUGUGCCACUAGCGACACUCACGCA